AUGUCAUUUCCAUCUUGGCUUAUCGACGAUGCAAGCUGCGGAACAUCAAAUCCUGUUUCAGGUCUGAUGAAGCAGCUUGCACAAGACAAGUUUUUGCAACGAGAUAGAUUUAAUUCUGAUCAACUGAAUGAAGGGACUUCUAAAAAGGCACAUAAACAUGAGUACGAAAAGUUUUUCAAUCAGCCGGGUCGCGAACCUGACGUUUACGAUUUAGAUCAGAUGGGCAAGGAACUUCGAACAAUUAUACACGAUACAAAAGACAACGAAAAUUGGGUUCACAAUUUUUUAGAUCAACCUAAUCUGAUAAAUGAUGAUCCUUUGAGUCAUAACGUAGCUUUUGAAAAGAUUUUUAAUGAUGCUAAUUGUCAAGAUGAAUGGAUCAAUAUGUAUCUAUCUACAAAUCAAAAUCCUUGCAGGUUACCUUCGGAUGAAUAUACUGCAUUCGAGAGUGCUUUCCAUGAUGCAAAUAAAAACGUGGAUUGGGAAUCUGAAUUCAAUGCUAUAGAACAAUCUAAUUUUAUUUCUCAAGAUAAAUCAUGGACAAAUGAAUUUCAACAACAAAAUAUUUCUCAAGAUAAAUCAUGGACAAAUGAAUUUCAGCAACAAAAUGAUGAUGAAUCAAAUAAAAGUAAUGCAAAAGCAGAAUUAGCUAAGAGCGCUGGAAAAUUGAUCGAAUCGAUAAAAGACGAAACAAAUCCAAAAUUCCAAAAUUCAUCCUUUAUAAAAUUUAUGAAGCAACUGCGUGAUAAUGAAGUUUCUAUAGAAGGAAAUAAAGUUGUUGAACAAAAAUUUCCUGUAUCUAAUGCCGACUGGGUGUCCGAAUUUAGUGCCCAGAAUCAAAAUAGUUGGGCCUCAGAAUUUAAUCUAAACACUUCUGAAGGUGAUGGUGAAGAUUGGGGAGAAAUGCAAAAGGGUUUAAGAGUAAGUAGUAUGUAG